AAUAUUUCGAACGACAAAACAAACUGCUUCAAAUAUAGGCAUCCCACAAAUAUUUUGCAGAACAAACAUACAGAAUGCCCGAUCAUGUCGAAGAGCCCAAGCGCUUCGAGCCCAAAGAGCCCGUUCAGCUCGAUUCUCCAAAAGACGAUCCGUUCACACUGGAAGAGUUGUCGAAACACGAUGGAACCGACCCGAGUCGUCCUACAUACGUCGCUAUCAAAGGUACCAUUUUUGACGUGAGCAAGAAAGACGCAUAUGCCCCUGGAGGACAAUACCACGUCUUUGCUGGCAAAGAUGCCUCUCGCGCAUUAGCUAAGUCGUCGUUGAAAAAGGAGGAUUGCCGUCCGGAAUGGGAGGAUUUGGACGACAAGGAGAAGACGGUCUUGGAGGAGUGGUUUACCUUUUUCAGCAAGAGGUACAAUAUUGUUGGGAAAGUUGUGUCAUGAACUUUCGGUUGAUGUGACGACCUAUGUACCGGCAGGGAUAGCAGGAUUGCGGCCUAUAUAUGUUUAUUAUGUCUGUAUUCAGGGCAUUGGACGAUUUGAAGAGUCUACAGUUGUACGAAUCCGUUGCAAAAUCCAGAAACGCCGGUAUUCGAUACGCAUAAAUGCUUUUGCUCGAUGGAUUGUACAUGAACAAUCGAAUCAUGACAGGAAACUAACCAUCUAUAUACAACAUAACAAAUCAAGCUUUGCCCUUCCUUUGCCUUCGUUGCUGGCGUUUGCGAGCAAUGAUCCGAUUCCUCUUAGCAAUUUUAUUCUUUUGAUCCUCAUCUUCGUCUUCAUCGGCAUCCACUUUUUUAUCUUUCGUCUUGUCUCCCUUGUUGUUUGGGCGACCUUCGGGUCUCUUUCUCUUCAUUCCUCGCUUCCCGUUGUCACCACCUUUCUCGGCUCCCUCUUCCUGCUUAUUGCGUGCCCGUUCUUGGAAUUCCUUUCGUCUCUUGACAACUUGGGCAUUCUCAAUGGCAAACUCGACAAUAAGUCUCUUCUUCUUCUCAGUAUCUCCAUCCCUGGAUUUGACUUGCACGACAUGUCCAUUAAGCCACCGUAAUCCCAUCAAUGCAUGUCGGUGGGUGUAGUACUCGACAAAUCCAUAACCGCGACUACGUCCGGCACCAGUCUUUUCUUCAAUCUUGCUGCCGUCACGCCCUUCAAAGACAAUCUUAGCUUGCUUGACAAUACCUUUACCCUUUUCACGACGCCGUUUGUCAUCGACUUUGGUUUCUUCAGAGUCGCGAGAGAGUUCGUCUGUUGACAGCGGUUGGCGACGUCCUUCUUUUGCGUCUUUGGCGAAUCCGACAACAGCUUCACGAGCAAGAGCUUUAAGGUCUUUGGAAGUCACUGAUCGGGGGAUGUUUCGAAUGGACAGUCGAGUCAGACUCAAAUGUAAUGUAGGAUUGUUCUUGAUCAAAUUCUGGCGUUGCUUGAGACUGUCUUCUCUCAUUUUUAUUUCCGAUGGUGCCAAUUUCUUAUACAGUGGAGAACUGGUGUUGAUAGUUCCUUCAUUCAACAAGAAAAGCCGGCGCCUAUCCUUGUCUCUCUCCGAUCGACGAGAAACACCCUCCUCUGUCAAUUUAUUGGCUUCCGUCUUCGAAACAGCUAAAGUAACAUUCAGAACACGGUCUUCAAUCGUAUAUUUUCCGCUAGGGUCAAGCAUAUCGUUCUGUAGGACCGACUGUUUGAUGCUUGUAGAGUGCUUCUUAGAGUGAGCAUCUUCCUUGCCAGCGUCUACUUGUCGUGGAGCACCCCGGAGACAUUCGAUUGCGUCUUCUGCCUUCCAGAAACAGACGAAACCGGUUCCUCGUGGACGUUCUGUUUCAUAGUCCACAACGAUACGUGCGUACCGCAGCGGCCCGAACUGCUUGAAAUGCUCAUAUAAGGACUCGUCGGUGGUAGUGAAGGGCAAAUUGCGAAUAAAAAUAGUAGAAGAGUUUCGGUCAUCUUCUUCGCCUUCGUCGUCCUCAUCAUCCUCGUCUUCAUCGUCUUCAUCGAAACUUCCUUCCUCAUCUCCGUCCUCUGACGCAACUCCAACAGACUCGUCUUCUUCAUCUUCAGCUCCAGCCUCAUCACUUUUAGCAUCGUCAACCUCCAUUGCAUCUUCAUCUUUCUUUUCCGCAGUUUGUUGUGCCUCUUCCCACACAUUCUUUUCCACCGCCCAGUCGACAGCUAGAGUUCUUCCAUCGAUCUCCUUUCCGUUCACAGCUUCCAGCGCCUUCUCAGCGUUCUUACGUCCGCGCAGCACAACGAACCCAAAACCUGCUUGAACAUUCCCCUUCUUCGGAACAACAGCAUGCUUAACUUUACCGAAACUGCGAAA